AUGCUUGCGCUGUUGCUCUUUAUCUGUCUGUUCCCUGCCAUCGCGUGUACUCUCAUCCGUGCAUUGACCACGCGCUAUGGACCCCUGCCCACGCCCUCUCUUGCCCCCAUGCUUUCUCUGCGCACAUUCCUCUUUCCCAAGCACUCUACCAGCACCGUCGAGGAUGCUAUUGUUGACGACUCGUCUCCCCAAUCAGACGCCCCCAUCCCUAUGACUAAGCAACCCUUGGAGUAUCUGCUCGCCUUUGAUGUCGAGGCGACGUGUGUACAGGGCACUGGCUUUGACUGGCCCAACGAGAUUAUUGAAUGGCCCGUUGUGUUGUUAAAGUGGAGCGACCGUGAUGGCGAGGGACGUGCUCGCACCCUCGAAGUCGUCGACGAAUUCCGCUCAUAUGUCAAGCCCAUCUGGCGCCCGAAGCUCUCCGAUUUCUGCACGUCUCUCACCGGCAUUACUCAGGCUAGCAUUGAUUGUGCUCCUCAGUUCAAGACUCUCCUCCGCCGUUUCCAGGCAUUCCUGGCCAAGCACGAGCUCGUCGACGCACGGACGGGCAAGCCUGUAAAGCGGUUUGCAUUCUGCACAGAUGGCCCCUUUGAUGUCCGCGACUUUUGCGUCAAGACUGCGUAUAUCAACAAGCUUCCCAUGCCAGAGUGGCUGCGUCAAGACGUCGUAGAUGUUCGUCGGAUCGUCAACUCGUACAUCUCGCGAACCGAGUCGGGCAAGAAGUACAUUUCCCGCAUGCAUUCACUCAACAUCAUCGCCCAGCUCCAUGCACUCGGCUUGCAAUUCGAAGGGAGGCAGCACUGCGGCAUGGAUGAUGCACGCAACGUUGCUCGCAUACUCGUCGAACUUGCGAAGCGUGAGGUUCGCCUCGAGCCAAACACGGUCAUCCACCCUCGCAAGCGUUGGUCAUGGAUGGCUCGCGACGGCCAGGUCCAUUUCGACGAAGCGACCUACCUCAACGGUCGUCCAUUUUCGCCUGCUUCCGUAGCGCCCUCCAUCUCUCCCGCCCCCUCGCUCACUUCCUCGACCUCGAGCGUCCAGUCUUCUAGCGUGCACACAUCUCGAUCGACCUCGCCGCAACGACUAUCUCCCCAUGCGCCCACGUACCAAUAUAACCCGGACCUCGUCUCGCGCAUCAAGGAGAAAGGCCUAGCCUGGAACGCCCCUCCCUCCUGGAGACGACCCGAUUCGGUGGCCGAAGUCGAAGUAGCGGAAGCUCCAGCGCGGAUGGAAUCCUCCCCUACCGACGCCGAAUUCAGCUCCUCCUCGCCGUCGCCAACAACGACAGAGGAGGAAGCUAACUCUACUAGGCCACGGCGCUAUUCACCGGCGCAGAACAAACCUUGGCUCGCUGGCCACUCGCGUUCACGUUCGUCGCCAGCCAACAUGACAAGUCUUCCUCAGUCGCUAUGGAGUCCGGUCGUCACGUCCGGUCCCAUCGCCAUUGUGCCCCCGCCCGCUCCUGCUGCUGCAACGGCUGCUUGA